CAAUCCGCCCAUUCCAGACCGACUACUAUCAAACGGCUCCUGUCAAGUCAUAUAUCCUUGAAGAUUAGACGUGUGCUUAUCCUGUGAUCACGAAUCAAACUUAUCAAUUUACGCGGUCCGAAAUACGAUCAAUAACUGUGGCAGCAACACGCCCGAUUUACGCCUCACAGCGGAAAGCUAGCUACGUCUGGCCCCGGAAUCGAGAAUCGCAAUCGAGCAAACGAACAAAGUAUCAAGGCCAUCGCCGGAUCUAUCUAUACGCGCUACGGGUGAUAAAUACACGGCGUUCACGCAGAUUACAAGCAAAAACAAUCAAUUGUGUUGGGUUUUGGGCUGGUCCUGAAUCUAAUUGCUCCAUUUUGAUUGAUCCUUCCGUCACUUUCGAAGAAAGAAAGGCCAUUAUCGAUUGAGAAGCUCUCUACGCUACACUACGAAAGAAGGAAACAUACAAACAAAAUGGCAUCUGGCGCAAGUCUAAUCAUCGGCCUUAUCAUCGUCGUGCUCGCCUCUAUCGUCGCGUGGGUGUUUAGCCCCAAGGGUGAUAACCAGACGCUCUGGCGGAGUACGCUUAUUCUCUCGUUUGUAUCGUGUUUCCUUAUGUGGGCGAUUAUCUUCAUGGCACAAUGGCAUCCUCUCAUCGCACCCAAGAGAUCGGAUAUUCGGCCUGAUCGCGUACCGCAGUAAACACUUGUGCGCUUGUGGUUUUCAUUACUUGUGGAAUUGGGUUUAGGCUGGCUGAUUAGGAUGAUGAAAGGGAUAAUGGAUCUUGUAUAGCUACGUUUUUUAUUGUCAUAGCGGAAUGUCAUGGAUUCUUCAUGUUUAUAUUACAGCUAUACAUGCUAUUCUAUUAUAGAUAGAUUAGCCAACUCCUACAGCUCCUAA